AUGGAACGGGAAACAUUUGAGGUGGGUAGUGAAUGGAAUGAUGAGGAUUAUGGAGAAGUGGGAAUGGGAUGGAUGAGGAAUAUAGGUGAGAAUCAGGAAGCUACCAUGGCAAGGUUCUUAAAUGAUCUAAAUCGGGAAAUUGCUAAUGUAGUGAAAAUACAACAUUACGUGGAGCUAGAGGACAUGUUUCAUGUAGCCAUGAAGGUGGAGAAACAACUGAAGAGGAAGGGGACUACAAGGCAGCCGGUGAAUACUUUGUCUUCUAACCUAAAUUGGAAGUCAAAGUGGGAUGGUAAUAAGAAGGAGAGUGAAGCAGUAACCAAAGGAAUAAAUGAUGGCAGAAGCGGAAAAAAGAAAGUGCUAAUAGGACAACACCAAAAUCGGAGCCACAACCAUCACGAAAUCGAGACAUCAACUUUUCAGGAGGAUAUUGGUGGUGAAGAUGAGACGGAAUUUGCCAUUGGGGAACUGCUGGUCUCGAGGCGAGCAUUUAACACUCAAAUCAAGAUAGAUGAUUCGGAGCAACAGCGGGAGAACAUAUUCCACACUCGUUGCCACUGGUUGAAUGAGAGUGGGGAAGUUAGGGUAAAUAAGUGGGUGUUAAUUAAUUUCUCGAUUGGGAGCUAUAGUGACAAGGUUGUAUGUGAUCUGGUGCCCAUGCAAGCGAGUCAUAUUCUAUUGGGGAGACCCUGGCAAUUUGAUAGGAAGGUUACACAUGAUGGGUAUAGGAACCGAUAUAGAUUUGUCAAGGAUGAGAGGUCCAUUACUCUUGCGCCAUUAACACUGGCUUAUGUGUAUGAAGACCAAAUAAAACUAAGAAAUGAGGAAGAAAGGCGAGUGAGAGACUUUACAAAAAGGAGAGAAGAUAGUGAGCUUGUGAAUAAGAGAGAAGAUAGUGAGGAUUUGGAAGAUGUGUUUCUGGAGGAGAUGCCAACUUACCGAAGCAAUCCCGAGGAGACGAAGGAGUUUCAGAGACAAGUGGAAGAGUUGAUGAGCAAAGGUUACAUGAGGGAGAGCUUGAGCCCAUGUACUGUGCCUGUUCUAUUACUGCCAAAGAAGGAUGGAACUUGGCGAAUGUGCAUGGACUGCAGAGCUAUCAACAACAUUACAGUAAAGCGGUUCGUGAGAGACUUUAGCAUGAUCACUACACCAUUAACUGAAAUCGUUAAGAAAAUCAUGGGUUUUCACUGGGGUGAAGCACAAAAACAUGCAUUUAACACCAUUAAGGAUAAAUUGUGUAAAGCAUCUGUUUUAUCAUUACCUAACUUUGAUAAAACCAAGAAGUUGAGUGGAGCUACGCUAAACUACCUAACGUAUGACAAGGAGCUGUAUUCCCUUGUUCGAGCAUUAGAGACUUGGCAGCAUUCCUUAUGGCCUAAGGAAUUCGUGAUCCACACUGAUCAUGAGUCCCUAAAGCACUUGCAAGGUCAAGGUAAGUUGAACAAGAGACAUGCGAGGUGGAUGGAGUUCAUAGAGACGUUUCCGUACGUUAUCAGACAUGAAGGAUAUUUGUUUAGGAAAGAUAGGUUGUGCAUUCCAAAUUGUUCAAUGCGUGAAUUAUUGGCUAAAUCAAAGGUUUUACCCCAUGGCUUGUACACACCUUUACCUAUGCCUAGUGAACAUUGGGUGGAUAUUUCUACGGAUUUUGUGUUGGGGUUACCUAGGACAAAGAAAGGUCGAGAUUCUAUCUUUGUAGUAGUUGAUAGGUUUAGUAAAAUGGCACAUUUCAUACCGAUGACCACUAACAUUGCUAAUUUAUUCUCUAGGGAGAUAGUACGUUUGCACGGAGUCCCUAAGAAUGGUCAAACUAAAGUAGUAAAUAGGAUCAUGACUCAAUUACUUCGAACAGUGAUUAAUAAGAACUUAAAAAGUUGGGAAGAUUGCUUGCCAUUUACUGAGUUUGCUUAUAACCAUGCUAUGCAUUCAGCUACUUCUUAUUCACCAUUUGAAUUUGUGUAUGGAUUUAAUCGAUUAACUCCUUUGGAUUUGUUACCUUUACCUAUGAAUGAACGAGGUAGCUAG